AUGGAGCGCAUGCCUGCGGAUGCACCGCCACGGCAGCACGGCGCCUGGAGGGUGGCGCCGCUGCUCAACGACAGCGCCGCCACCAUCACGCUGUUUGCCCCCACCAAUGAUGCCUGGGCCCAGGUGCAGGCGGGCCUUGUGGACCUGCGGGACAUCGAGGUGCUGCAGCAGGUGCUGACGUUCCUGGUGGCGCAGGGCCAGGUGACGAUGCCUAGGGUGGACCAGCUGCUGCCCGAGGACCUGGCCAGCGGCGGUGUCAGCCUGGCUGUGGACACCCUCCACGGCGCCACGCUGCACGUGUUUGCCGGCAUGGGCGGCAUCGCGGUGCGCGACGGCUCCUCGCUGACCCCCGACGCCAUCGUCGUCUCCGCCAACAACAUGGUCUGCUCCUCGGUCGUCAACGUGCUGACCAGCGCGGUGCCGAUGCCCUUUGCCUGA